AUGCUACUUCAUGGGAGAGGUAUCUCACAAAAACGAGAAAUUUGGAGAAGAUGGCUUAUCCGAGCUUCUUGUCAACGUGAUCCACGAUUACCAUUUUGUGGUAAUGGCUUCUUAACACAAUGUGAUGGAAGCAAAAGAAACGAAAUUGAAGCAGCUCAGUGCAGAGCAUAUUUUCGAGAUUGCAGUCAAUAUAUUCAGAAUACGAAUCCUUUAUAUGCUAUUGCAAAAGCCUACAAUUCACAGAUUGGUAUAAAUCCUUGGCAAUUUAAUGUGGAUGGAAUUCCGUAUUAUCCAGUGAAUAAAGAUCGAGGAGUUGGUGCAGGACAGUUGUUCAUUAUUCCAUAUGGCACGCAAGGUGGAGGUUACCAAGGUCACCUCGGUGUUCGUGACUACUGGUCUCAAUAUGAAGAAGCUGGAGCUAACUGGUACGAUGGACUAUAUGGUUAUGAGGGUGGAUGGUCAGCACCACUAGUUCAGCAUUUGGGUGUUCAAGGAGGUGGUGGUUCACGUACAGCAGUUCCAUUACAUGGUCCUGACUAUGGAAAGAUAAGAGUUGAUACUGGAUACGGAGUUGAUACGUAUUAUACAGGUAAUCAUUUAGUUGGAGUCGACUGGAAAGGAGGUCAGGUCAACGAUCACUUAAAUAUAGACAUACCAUUAGCUGAUGUUGGAUAUGAUUUUGGCCGAGCUGUAGCUUUUCCAUCUGUUGAUACAUUUACUUCUAAAUUCAUCCAACAAUGA